CCCAGCAUGCUCUACCCACCCUACGUCGAGGCGCGCUGACCAUGAGCCUCAACUCCUCCCUCGGCCACAGGAAGGAGCUAAGUAACCUCACUGCAGUGGAUGGCGGUGAAGGGAGUGUCCUUGUCACCGAGUUCAUCGCCAUCAUUGUCAUCACCAUUUUCGUCUGUCUGGGCAACCUAGUUGUCGUGGUCACCUUGUACAAGAAGUCCUACCUCCUCACCCUUAGCAACAAGUUCGUCUUCAGCCUGACCCUGUCUAACUUCCUGCUGUCUGUGCUGGUGCUGCCUUUCGUGGUGACAAGCUCCAUUCGGAGGGAAUGGAUCUUUGGUGUGGUCUGGUGCAACUUCUCCGCCCUUCUCUAUCUGCUCAUCAGCUCAGCCAGCAUGCUCACCCUCGGGGUCAUUGCUAUCGACCGCUACUAUGCUGUUCUCUACCCCAUGGUGUACCCCAUGAAGAUCACAGGGAACCGGGCAGUGAUGGCCCUUGUCUAUAUCUGGCUUCACUCCCUCAUCGGCUGCCUGCCCCCCUUAUUUGGUUGGUCCUCAGUGGAGUUUGACGAGUUCAAGUGGAUGUGUGUGGCUGCGUGGCACCGGGAGCCUGGCUACACAGCUUUCUGGCAGAUCUGGUGUGCCCUCUUCCCCUUCCUGGUCAUGCUGGUAUGCUAUGGCUUCAUCUUCCGUGUGGCCAGGGUCAAGGCACGCAAGGUGCACUGUGGUACUGUGGUCUCCGUGGAGGAAGACACCCAGAGGAACGGGAGGAAAAACUCCAGCACCUCCACCUCCUCCUCGGGCAGCAGGAGGAACGCCUUUCAGGGUGUGGUCUACUCAGCCAACCAGUGCAAAGCCCUCAUUACCAUCCUGGUGGUCAUCGGCGCCUUCAUGGUCACCUGGGGCCCCUACAUGGUUGUCAUCUCUUCUGAGGCCCUCUGGGGGAAGAACUAUGUCUCCCCGACCCUGGAGACCUGGGCCACAUGGCUGUCCUUCACCAGCGCCAUCUGUCACCCCCUGAUCUAUGGACUCUGGAACAAGACAGUUCGCAAGGAACUACUGGGCAUGUGCUUUGGGGACCGAUAUUACCGGGAACCAUUUGUGCAACGACAGAGGACAUCUAGGCUCUUCAGCAUUUCCAACAGGAUCACAGACCUGGGCCUAUCUCCACAUCUCUCGGCGCUCAUGGCCGGUGGACAGCCCCUGGGCCACAGCAGCAGCACCGGGGACACUGGCUUCAGCUGCUCUCAGGACUCAGGGACAGAUGUGAUGCUGCUCGAAGACUACACGUCUGAUGACAACCCACCCUCACACUGUACUUGCCCACCCAAGCGAAGGAGCUCAGUGACAUUUGAGGAUGAAGUGGAUCAAAUCAAAGAAGCUGCCAAGAACUCUAUUCUUCAUGUGAAAGCUGAAGUGCACAAGUCCUUGGACAGUUAUGCCGCCAGCUUGGCCAAAGCCAUUGAGGCUGAAGCCAAAAUCAACUUGUUUGGGGAGGAGGCUUUGCCAGGGGUCUUGUUCGCAGCACGGACUGUCCCAGGUGCUGGCUUUGGGGGCCGCCGAGGCAGCAGAACUCUGGCAAGCACAAGCCAGAGGCUCCAGUUGCAGAGCAUCGAAGAGGGGAAUGUUCUAGCUGCAGAACAGAGAUGAAGGCCUCUGGGUGGACUGGGGCCAGUGCUGGAGAUGUUCUGUGGAGGGAUUCCCAUUGCUGCUGGUGCCAGACUUCACAAGAGCAUGUCAGCGCGGACCGUGGGCUGUGUGCCAUUGUGGAGAAGGAACAGUAUCUGGUAUGCAGCCACCAGCAGAAGGACUGGAA